AUGGUUCAACUUGAUCGUCCAAUAGUCGGGGAUCCCGAGCAGCUCGAAGUCGAUGUUCGGCACCUUUACAAAUGUCAUGAGGAGGAACUCAAGCACGUCGUAGAUGUUAAUCUUCUAAUCAAAGGAGCGGAAGUAGCUCGACAGCCCACAAACGUGACCCUCCCAUGUCUCAACGACACUGAGAAAGAGGCACUCAAGAAAGAAAAAACAUUGGGGUUUUUUCAACAGACAAAGGAUCUGAAAGUUACUAUCUUGACUACUGCCUGUGCCGCCAUUACCCAGUAA